AGCUCGAACGCGCUUUGAUCGAAAUUAUUUUUUUGAUAAAUUCACUUAUUGAAGGAAAGGAAGUACUGACAGAUUUUUUGAAUUUUAGUUUUCUAAACACGCUACGAGACAGAUUGGAGACAGGCUACGAGACAGAUCAUUCAAAAUCAUUUUCUUAAUCGAAGAAAUCUUUGCUCAGCUCGCACAUUAUUCUUUUUAUUGGAGUAGUGUAAAAAAAAUGACGAUUUCCUCCUGCCAAAAAAAUUAUUCUUCAUCUUAGUGCAUGACCCAGCCCUAAGGUUUUUUACAAAUAUAUGUGGUACAUAAAUAAUAAUAAAUCGUGUAAUUAUAAUUAUUUUCAACUACACGUAAAUAAAUUUCAUGUUCAAGUAAAAUGUAAACAUGUCCACGGUGAAAAUGAACCUCGGAAAUUUCUCCCACUACCGAUUAUUCCUAAACUGUGCAUGUAAAGGUGGGAGAAAAUUGCGUACAGAGAACACCCGGAGAGAGAAAAACCGAAAACACCCGAGAUAAUUAUCAACAAACAUUUAAACCGCCACAUGUAAUAACCUACGUGUAAAAUAAGUAUGUAAAUAUUUAAAUAUCAUAACAUAUUGGUACCAAUAAGAUUAUGUAAAAAUGGCUAAACAAUUAAAGAAAAAAUUAACAACUAAUACUAAUACAAACACAGUAAUUUCAAAAAGUGACCAAUCAAAAUCUAGUAAUGAGUUGAUAAAUAACAAAGGAAUUUAUACAAUAUUUAUUCUUGUUUCUGCAAUAAAAUUUAUUUUAAUUCCAACAUAUUAUUCAACCGACUUUGAAGUUCAUAGAAAUUGGCUAGCAAUUACCCAUAGCUUACCAAUAAAAGAAUGGUAUAUUAAUGCUAAAUCAGAAUGGACAUUAGAUUAUCCACCUUUUUUUGCUUGGUUUGAAUUUAUUUUAAGUCAAAUAGCUAAAUAUGUUGAUCCAGAAAUGUUAAAAAUAGAUAACUUGAAUUAUGAAUCACCUGAUACAAUAAUAUUCCAAAGAACAACUGUCAUUAUUGCAGAUUGUAUAUUUUUAUAUGGAGUUCUACAGAUUGGAAGAGUAUUUUGUACCUCACAAAAUAACUUUAUGGUGUUUGGUUGUUUGUCAUUAUGUAAUAUUGGCCUACUGAUGAUUGAUCAUAUACAUUUUCAAUACAAUGGAUUUUUAUUAGGAAUACUUUUAUUGUCAAUUGCACGAGUUUGUAAAAAUCAAAGUAUUAGUAUUUUACAAGGAGCCGCAUGGUUUUCAAUUUUAUUAAAUCUCAAACACAUUUAUUUAUACGUAGCUCCAGCAUUUAUUGUGUGGUUACUUAAAUGGUAUUGCUUCAAAGAUAAUAAAUUUUUUACAAGACUUAUUCAACUUGGUAUAAUCGUUAUAACAAUAACGUUUGCUUCCUUUGGGCCAUUUAUAUCUCAAUUACCUCAAGUACUCUCAAGACUUUUUCCUUUCAAGCGAGGUCUAGUCCACGCAUACUGGGCCGCAAAUGCCUGGGCGUUAUAUAUAGGCGCUGAUAAAGUACUGUCAUUAAUUUGGAAACGGUUUGGUUGGAUAUCAGGAAUAAAAACUGCAGCUAUGACCGGUGGUCUUGUGCAAGAAGAUUCUUUGACUGUUUUACCAACUCCAACACCUCUUGUUACAUUUGCCGCUACAUUUAUAUCAAUGCUACCCGCUCUUUUUUUAAUACUAAAAAGAAAACAUAAAGAUUUAAAACGAGAAGAUUUUCUAAGAUGUAUUGUUUUGUGUGCAUUAAGUUCAUUUAUAUUUGGAUGGCACGUUCAUGAAAAAGCUAUUUUGACUGCAAUCAUUCCACUGAGCGUUUUAGCUGCAGUUAAUAAAAAUGAUGGCAGAAUAUUUAUAAUUCUUAGCUCAGCAGGACAUACAGCGAUUCUGCCUCUUCUUUUUCCCGCUGAUUUAAUUUUAUUAAAAAUUUUAAUGCAUUUAAUUUACACGUCAGCUGCAAUUUUAUGCUUACAAGAAUUAUUUAAUUCAUCAUUAUUAAAAAUUCACGAGUGGAUUUACGUGACAAUUUUACCAUUUAUAACAAUUUACGAAACUCUUAUUCAUAAAAUUAUUUUUCAACAAAAUUUACCAUUUUUACCGCUAGCGUUAACUUCAAUCUACUGUGCAAUUGGUGUUAUUUACUCAUGGAUAUUUUAUUACUACGUAUUUUAUACUAAUUGUACCGUGACUGAUAUAGAAAGCAUGAAUGUGAAAACAAAUCAAAAUGUAAAAAUUGAAACUGAUAAUUUAAAGAAAAAAAAUAAAUGAUUAGAGAAAAUUGUUAGUAAUUUUAAUUAUGUAAAAAGUUUGUUUUAUUAAUUCGUAUUCAAAAUAUUUGUAAUACAUUUAUCCCAAAUAAGAAUCUAAGGGAAAAUAGACUUUUAGAAAUCCCAUACUCCAAUAAGUCAUUUGUACAGUCUCAAAAAUAUAAUUUUUUAAUUAGUUAUUGACUACUUAAAAUUGGUAAAUUUUUUAAUGGGUUUCUAAAAUCAUUCCGAUCUCAAUUUGAUGGAAAUCGAAAAUGGAGUGAAAACUGAGUCCGUUAAUUAAACUAUGUUUAUUUCUUUUAGUAGAUUUCAUAGGAAUCUAUUGAAUUUAUCCUCAUGGUGGAAUUUUCGAUAAUUGCGCCAUAGUCUCAUAAUUCGUCGAGUAGGUUUCAAAAAUACCAUUGAUUCAAAAGUUUAUAAAUGUAAUAUAGUGCCUACAAUUCGAAACGGAUUUUAAUGAAACUUGGCACACUUAUUCUAUGAAUGAUUAGCUCGGUUAAGUUUAAAGAUGAGCAAAAUCGGUAAAUUAGUUUAGAAAUGGUAACGAUUUGAAAUCAAAUCGAUUUUGAAAUUGACGAAAAACGCUACUUCUGUCGCUUUUUUAUUAAAUAACUUUUCAACGAACACGUGUAAUCUUAUUGGGUAAAAAAGACAUCAUAGCUGAUAAAAUGAGGUAUAUUUCCUUUUUCUACUUUUUAUUUCACGAUAAUUUCUCGAAUUUUAAUAAAGGUUCAAAUUUACAAUAAUUUUUGUAUGAUCCUGAAGUUAACAAACAAUUAACAAUUUUUCAUUUCUUUUUUCAACUCAUAAAUUCAAAAUAAAAAUAUGCACAUGCAGAAAAUAAAAAAAACUACAGGUGCAAUUUUUUAAAACAUUUUUUUUUAUAAUCUAUUGUUUUCAUAAAAAUCCAAAAAUUAUCAAGGUCGGCUAACUUCAAUAUCAUGAUUUUUGUAUUAUCGUAAAAAUGUCAUAAUAUCUUUCAAAGUUUUUGACGGAUGAUUAUGAAAUUUUAUAUACUCUUAUUCUUGGGUUAUCCCAAUGCCUUAUUCAAGAACUAACUAACUAACUACUCUUAUAUUCUUUAGACAAUUAUCUUUAUAAAAUUCAAAAAUCUUAAAAAUCGGUUGAGUAUUUAGGAAAAGGCGGCAAUUUAAAUUUUUAAAUUAUUUUAAUCCUGAUGACACUGAAGUUAGCCGUCUAAUAAUUUUUGAAAUUCAUUCAAAACGAUAAAUAAUAAUA